GCUGCGGGUCUGUGUAGUGCGGGCACCCCGGCCAGGGACAGCAGGAGUUCGCGUUAUCACCGGCGAGAGCCGAGCGGACGGAACUCUCGUGCGUGCCAUGGUACGCCUCUCCCGCGUCGCCGUCGCCACCUCGCAUGGCGCUAAAUAAUCGCCGGCGGUGUUCGCGCGUCGACAUCUCGCACCGGAACCCUCGUCCCGGAGGUACCCUCAUCCGAGUCGCGAUCGCGUCGUGACGUCGUCACAUGCGAUGUCGCAAAAAAGUCAGCUGUGAACGAUCUAGAGCGAGUAUCGGCACGCGACAGUGCACUCGGGAGUUACGGAAGUUGUUUUCCUCGUCAACCCCUCGGAACAAUCAUGAAGACAGAAGUCGAUGACACGAGCGGCGACGGAGCGUGCGACGGCGUCGGCGUCGGCGGCAGUCCCAAUCUCGGUCCCUGCCCCGAGGGCACCAGCGGCCUGGUCGUCGGCCCGGAAACGUCGCCGAGCGUAAUGGAGUGCGGUGGAUGCGGCGAGCGCGUACGCGAGCGGACCGUCUUGUGCGUGGGCGGACGUACGUGGCACUCCAGGUGCCUGAGGUGUUGCGCUUGUGCCAGGCCGUUGCACGAUCAGCACUCUUGCUUCCUAAGAGGCAUGCGGCUCUACUGCAGGCACGACUACGCCCUAGCUUUCGGCGCGAAGUGCGCGAAAUGCGGACGCAGCGUGGGUGCUGGAGACUGGGUGAGAAGGGCCCGGGAAAGGGUCUAUCAUCUAGCCUGCUUCGCCUGCGACGCUUGCUCGCGUCAGCUGUCGACCGGCGAACAAUUCGCCCUCCUGGACGCCCGGUUGCUCUGCAAGACGCACUAUCUCGACGUCGUCGAGGGCAACAACACCUCCUCUGAUGAAGGCGGUGACUCCGAGAGCGGCCACAAGGGUGGUAACAAGGCGAAGAGAGUUAGAACUACUUUUACCGAGGAGCAGCUCUCCGUUCUCCAAGCGAAUUUUCAAAUAGACAGCAAUCCAGACGGUCAGGACCUGGAGAGGAUAGCGCACGUAACCGGGCUCAGCAAAAGGGUGACGCAAGUGUGGUUUCAGAAUUCCAGAGCGAGACAGAAGAAACACCUUCACACGGGCAAGAUGAAAGGACAGCAUGUGCAUCAGUCGCCACCAAACUCCACCGCGUCGCCCAACGAUUUCGGGCGUCACAUUAACUUGCACCUGACAUACUCGUUCCAACACCAGCAACAGCAUCAGCAACAACAGCAGCCGCAACUCAGCCCGGCUACGUGCAAGAGUCCCACGAGCUCCAUUUAUCACAAUCAUGGCUCAGAACAGUCGAUGGACGAGCUGUCGCAAGACUCGAUGCUACUGUCUCUGCCGAACGAGGUUUAAUGACUGCAGUAACGAUUCAGUAUACUGUAAAUACAUGCAUUGCGCUUGAAAACUGUCGGCGGUAGAGAUACACGCCUCGAAGAAGCACCGCUCAAGUCCCCCCGGUAUCAUUUUAUUUAUCCCCAAGGUGGAAAUUUAUUGUCGCGCUAUUACUCUUCGAUGACGCGCCUUCAAACCAUGCUCGCAGCAUAUAUUUCGGCGUUAAACUUAUUAAUACCAAGUGAGUAUCAAGUUCUACACACGAAAAACGCCUGCAUGCGUGCACGCAAUAUACGUGCGGGCGCGUAAAACUUUUUGCGUCUUGCUCUGAAAUCUCUCUCUUUCUUCGUCUACCUCUUUCUCGGUUGUGUUUGAUAAUUUUAUACUUGACCUGCUUCUCCCCUAUCCUUCUUAUCUUUCCUGUUAUCUUUUCUUCGUGUUAGUGCCUGACGCAAUCAGAGAGGAAUCGCUCUAACGGACGAGUAAAAAGAAUGUGAGCGUCCCCGGAGCGAAGACGUCAUCGGAGACGUAAUCCGCGAUUUUCACGUCGACGGAAUCUCGCAUGCCCCCGUAGCAAUGCUUCGAAUGAAAGUAUCUUCCGUAGCGUCUCAAUAGUCGUGUAAGAGGAAAAAAUCAUUUAAUAUGAAUGUACUGUGAUGUAAAUAUUGUAAACUAAACAUAUAUAUAAAUAUAUACGAUUGCACACGUUGAACAAAAAAGGGACCACUGCUU